AUGAAGCGUAAAGGAAAGCAAAAGACUUCAAAACCUUCUGGACGUUAUGGUUUAAAAGGCAGUUUGAAGUCUUACUAUGGUGAUUCUCAAUUACAUCCUGAAUGUGGGUCACCAGAUACAGGAUCUAAGUCAUCUCAUGGUCUUUCAAAAACACCAGAUGAUACUUCCAGUGAAUCAGUUCAUAGCCGUAGUCUUCGUAAUAGUUCUGUUGGAGAUGAUAACUUAUCACAAAUGGAAAGUCGUGGUCGUCGUGUACUAGACAAAAAGGGUCAUAACGGAGAUCUUGAUCAAAACGUAUUCAAGAAUUUUGCAGAUGACUAUAGUAAUGAGUCAAGGGAUCGUGAAGGCUCUCUUCCAAUGGGACUUAGUAGUGAACAUGAACUUCCUUAUGAUGAUGAAUCUACUCGUGAAACUUUAUCAACCAAAGAUCUCAGCGGAUCACAUAAUUCAGUCUUUGUUGAACCCCGUCAACCAGACAAAGUCACAGUGGAUUACAACAGUGCAUCGCAUACUCAAAGAAAAGUCAAUAAACGUGAGCUAAAAGCGUUAUUAAAGCAGACUAAAAAGAAACCAUCAACUGUAGACGAGACAGUGAUCGCUGCUAUUGAUGAAUUGGCUAUUCACUUGAAAGAUACUUGUGUGAUUGACACGAAACCAGUACCUCGUCGACCAAUCCCAGUCGCUGUAUCUCCUACUUUAGCCUCACGUCAAUCUGAAACACCAUCCCGUAGAGGUGUCGGUGCACGCAGAGGCGGCCGGAGAGGUCGGGGUGCUCGUCGUGGUGGUCUUUCUUCUCCUACUUCUACCACUUCCAUAGAACAGACGGUUCUUCCGGCAUCCUGGGUACCUCUUAUCCUACCGAACCCGUUAAGAAGUCCCGUGACAUCAGAUCCUGAGGGUGAUAAUUUGGGGGUGAAGUCGAAGUUAUGUACACCUUGGCUUCAACAACUUCCUGAAUCGCGGGUGCAUCGGUUUGUUGUGAAUAUGCGCCGUCUGUUGGCGACUACGUUAAAAAAUCCUAUAGAAACUGAGCACUUAUCUAAAAAACCUAUUCAACUUAUAGAUUUAACAUCAGACAAACAAGAUUAUUCUACUAGCGCUUUCGAUAAUCAAUCGAAACAAUUAUCAUUUCCACUAAAUUCUAAUGUACAAAAUCUUGGUCAUCAUACAACAAUACCCUCUGAGAUAAAAAAUACUGAUCAGCUGCCUCUUAUUAAGACAGUUGAAGAUGUAAAUCAAAAUGAUUCAAAGUUUAUUUCAAAUCCUACUGAUGAUUCUGCUUCGAAGUUGAAUUUUAAACUUGUUGAAAGUACUACUGUCACACGUACAUUGGUUUCUAGUUUAACUAAACGUCGAGGUAGAGGUAAAAAACACCAUGGAUUUCGCCGUAACUUUUCAUCUGUACAGUCGAAUAUAAUCGGUGCAUCUGAAUCAAUCCCUUUGACAAAUACUAGUCUUGUUUCAUCAUCAUCAUCAAAUCCGACUAACAAUCAACACGUAGAAACUAGUCAACAUGUGAUCCGAAUGCCUGAAUCAACUUCUUCUAAAGGGAAAUCUCGUGUUUCUCGUGAACUUCGUGGUCUUGUCACUUGGGACGCUGUAAUGGCCGAACAACGCAAACGUGAACAGGAAUUAAAAGACAUCGAAUCUAAAGGAGGAUCUGCCUCACUUCAUCCAUCUGAGGUGACGUUAUCAGUUGUAACUGACUUUAUAGCCUCUGUAGAAGAAGAAGGUCUAACUCCUAAACUUCGCAGAACUCGACAAACUAGCGGCAGUGUUCCCAGCCAUGUUACACAUUCAGCUGUAGGAUCUGAUGCUGCUUCUAUGCAAACCACAAUUGCUGCUUCCGAACACACUAAUUAUGAAAUAAAUUGUCGUGUGAAACCGGGUGAAACAUCUUCAGUAGUCGCAUAUUCUGGACUUAGUACUGAAGUGUCAAGUGUAUCGUCGGAUAAUAUAAUUUCAGUUCAAAAAACAACCAUUCAUAAAACAACCGGUGACAAUAAACCGUCUACUGGGAAUAGUGCAGGUGAAUCUCGAUUGAAUCAUUCGGAUUGUGAUCAGAAAUGUUCGUUUUCAGUCACCUCAGAUGCAAGCGAAAUGGAAUCUGCAUGUGUUACCCAAUAUUCUCCAAUUUCUGUAGAACAAGAACCAAACGAAUCACAGCAUGCUUCAUUUGAACAACUUGAUGACGGUGCAUUUCAGUCGUCAACUACAGUUAAGCGGAAUAUCAGUCCCUUAAAAUCACCGGGUCGUCGUAAAAAGAAGUACAAAAUUAACCGGUUGUUUAAAUCCCAUCCUUGUGACUCGGAUCGCCACCCGGAACAAUAUAUACUUAAUGAUUCAGUAUCUCAAAGUUCUGUUACUGUCGACUCUCGGCAACAAUUUGACACCUCUUCAUCUGUUUCAUCUCUUCCUGUUCCUUCGGCGAAGCGUAAACGACAAACACAACAUGGGGUUCUUACAAGUACAGAUCCAAUUCUUGAAGAUCCCAACUUCGUGGAACAGUCUGCACGUCUCCAAGAAACUGACGGUUCUGAUGCCUGUGAUAUUUUACCUACUUCCGCCUCAUCAUCACUUCCAAGCAACGUAAGACGUUCUUCUACUUCACGUAGCUCAGCUCUUCCUCCUCGAAAACGCUACAAGGUGGGAAUAGAUACAUCUAACACCAAUGAAAACCAUGCUUCCUCUGUUAUGGAUAAAGAUAAUUUGAGGGAUUUCUGUAAAUCAGGUUUCAAUGAGCCCAACUUGUCUGUAACUGUCAUAGAUUUAACAGAUAAUGCCUCAAGUACUGGAGUUUGUCAUCUUGGAAAUGCUGAUAUAUCUCUAUCAAAACCUGAACACAGAAAACGUGGUCGAGGUCGUCCGUCUAGACGCUUAGAAAGACUGGAAAGCAAUAGUAAUAUACCAGUUUCCCCCUGCUUAUCUUCUGACUCAGUUUCAGUAACUUGUGAUCGUCCAAAACGUGAGGCGGCAGCGAUGGGAUUUGCUAGUUUAGUUGCUGCAAACUUGAAUAAUACUGGUGUCGCUAUCAAUUCUGCACCAGAAACACCAGAAACUAUUAAUGUUAGAUCGGAAACUGGAAGUUUACCAUCUCCUACUACAAAUAUCAGUUGGGUUGAACAACAACAACACAUCGGAACUUUAGAAAUACAAGCCUGUAAGCCAACUGUAUCUCGAGGUCGUGGUCGCCCUCCUAAGCCCAGACCUAUUCAAUUACCCGUUACUGAACAUGUGCUAAAUCGAAGUGCUGUGGAUUCAGAGAACAUGUUGGAUUCAAUUUCAAGUCGUCCUGUUCAGACUGUCAACGAAUCGCCGUUAUCGACAUCAUCCACCACACAUGCACAAGAAUCAAUACAGGUUAAGGAAGCUACUCAUCAAUCGUCUGAACAGAGUACUGAAAAUCAACAGAUGAGAAUCAAUGAAGUUCCAAUUGAUACAGCAUUGAAAGAGACUGACGAUAGUGCUAUAUCUCGCUCCCAAUCAGAUUCAAAUAACUCUUUAACAAUGUCGACAAAGUCAUCGAAAUUGCUAUCGAUAAAACAGACAAGCAAAAAGAAUUCUUUACAAUCUAGCAUCAAAAUGAAACCCGAAGUCGAUCAUUUGACUAUCAAAAGUAUGGCUAAUUCAUCUAUUCUAAGUUUGGAUGCUUCAUCAACAUUAUUAAAUCAACAACACUGUCGUUUACCUAGUCGUAAUAGUUUUUUCAAAGAUGCUACCAUAUCCAGUUUGGAACAGAUUUCAUUUCUCAAAGAUCGUUGUUUAAGUGGUCCACUGUAUGAAUUAUUUUGUAAAUUUCUUGAUGAACCUGAUCCACUCGAACCAAAUUAUCGGCUUUGUGCUCCUAUAAUAUACUUACCAUCACCUGAAAGGUAUCCGGAAUUUUAUCGAUUUACCUUAUCAUCACAUUUAUCUGGUUCUGGAUUAAAUGUUAAAUUUACAUCGAAUUUUACUAAUCGUCUAUUUUCACCAAUUGGUGAUAAUGAUAAUGAUGAAAUUUAUCAUGUUGAAUAUCCAUCACUUUGUUUAGCCAGUAUUGCAUCACGAUUUAUUAUAAAUUCAAUAAAGGAUCAAACAUUAAAUAAUAAUAAUAAUAAUGAUGAUAAUUUGUCACCUCAUCAUCAUCAUUUAUUACAUGUUGAAUUAUCAGAAAAAGAAGAAAAUCAUUUUCUCCUAGUUACAAAUGCUAAUAUUAUGGAAAGUUUAUAUUCAUUAGAUAUAGCUAUGGAUAAUAUGUUCACUGUAUGGGAAGCUUUUACUGGACGUCGUAGUUGGUUUGGUCGACGUUUAAUGAAAUUAAAAAGUGUUUAUAUAAAACAUCGUACUAAUUUGGUUGAAAGUUUAAAGUUGGAGAAUCACAUACCGGUUGCAAUGCCAAAAUCGUUUAUACCAUGUAUAAUUAAAUCACAAAAUAACAGUUCUAAGAAAAAAACUGAUCGUCGUGCACUAGAACGUGGUGCUGAAGUUAUUCGAUGUUUAUGUGGUUUUCGUGUUGAAGGUGGUCAUGUUAUGGUUCAAUGUGAUUUAUGUGCAUCGUGGCAACAUCUACCAUGUUUAUGGUGGGCACUUAGUCUGGCUAUUCGUAAUGAUUCCUCCAAUGGAUUAAAUUCAAACUUAGUUCGUUUAUGUCAAACAGCGUUAAUUGCUGCACAAGCUGUUGGUGGCGGUGGCGGUAAUACAUUUGAGGUAGAUGUGAAAGGUGAAGAUGAUCGAGAAGUUGAUGCUCCUUAUAUAUGUCCAGUUUGCUUGAAAUUGGAUAAUUUAACAAAAGAAUAUCCUCGUUCAUUAUCUGCAGCGAUGAGUUUAAACGAUGUAGAUGCUGUCUUUGACUUACAAGAUACACUGGUGAAAGGUGAACAUGAAUUCUGGACAUUGGGUAGUCCUGAUGGAACUUGUCAAAUACGUACAGAUGAUUAUGCAUUUGUUAAUCGUUUUUGGUUAAAUCAUCUCAAUAUUUCACAGGAUAUAUCAAAGGGAACAACAACUACUGUAUCAAUGAAUGUUAAACAACUUUUAGAUCAAUCCCUACAGUCUCCAGUGAAAUCUGCUUAUGAUCGUAUUAUUGUUCGAAUUUAUCGAUUAUGGAAGGAUGUCAGUGGUUUAGCUUGGCUAGAAGGUGGUUUAUUUCUGCGUCCAUAUGAUUUACCUCCGAUAUCGGCAAUAACUGAUUCAUCAAAAUGCCCACAAUUUUGGCAUCUUGAUGAAGUCGUCUACGAUGAGGCUAGACGUGUUAUUCUUCCAUUAGACGCUUGGAUUGGUAGAUGUAUGGUGUUAUGCCCUUCAGCAUAUAGAGUUGGUAGACCGGCUGAUUUACUAUAUACAGCACAUAUAAAAGAAUUUAUGCCAUCACUGAAAAAUGACAAUCUGAAUGAUUCCAAUUCUACUGCAAAUCAGUUUCAAUAUUUCUUUGUUUGUGAAAAAUUAUUUGAACAGUCAUCAGUUGAUAAUCAUAGUUGUAGAUUUGAUGAAAUAUCUCCUGGUUACUUAAAAGUCAGUAUGAAGCCGUAUUGUUUCCUUCGUAAACCUGAUAAUCAAUGUAUUCGUGGUAGUUUACCACGACAGUAUUCAGCUGUUGAACUACUCACCCGUGAUCAAAUACCUUUCUCAGAGGCAUCUGUCAAAGAUGAACAAACAUUUGAAAUCAAAACGUCUCCUGAAGAAUGUACUACAACAUCUGGAAAUAUGUCCAAUAGCGAUGAGAAGAAUGCUACAGUUCCAGUUGGCAGUUUAAAGCAAAAGGGUGAAAAACUGGCUCGUGUUGUUGACUGGUUGGAACGGAAACGUCAAACCAACUCUUCACAAUCCACAGUUACAUUACCUCAAAAUUCCAUUGUUCCAGAACAACAACAACAACAAACUUCCAUUUCAUUGUUACCCGUUGAAAAUAACCCAGUUAUUGAUGAAAUAUCAUUACCAUCAUCACGUAGUUUGUGUUCUCGAGGUCGAAUUCCACUUAGAAUCAAUCGUGGAAGAAGUAGAGGUUUCAAUAAAUCAUUGAAACUUACAUCAUCUAAUCCUGUACCAUUAUUGCCUGAUAAAUUUUCUACAUUAAUUGCUGUACUCCCCGAUAAAAUUGAUGAAAUAUCAUCUAGCAAAGAAGAUGAAUCUCUCAAUAUUCCCGUUAAACGUACAUGUAUGUCAGAAAAUUCAUCACCAACUCAAUCAAAUAUUGUUCAAAUAUCAUCUGAAAUUAAUGUAGACCAUAAUUUAUCGUCAUUAGUCAUAAUCGAUUCAAAUAAUUCAUUAUAUAAUACAGUUGAUAAAAAUUCACCUAAACAACUCUCGAAUGAUCCUCUUAUCUCAUCUAAUACAGAAGAAACUAAUGUGAAUACUUUAGCAUUAAAUACUAUUGUCCCAGUCACUUCUACUACAAAUAAUAAUAAUAAUAAUAAUAAUUCACCUGUUAAUUCACUUAAUAGUUUAAAGCCAUCUGAUUUACAGUCUAAUGAAGAUUCUAUAGAUCGUUUAUCAUCAGUAAUAUUAAAGCCUACAUCAAAUAAUCAAUCAAUUAUUACGUCACCUACUGAUGAUCAUUUGAAUAUUUCAUCAUCACCUAGUUUUGGAUCAACAAGAAAACGUAAAUGUUCCAUUACACGUAAAAGAUUAGUACCAGAACCCGAAUUACUUCAUGAAAUUAUUGACAAUCUACAAAAUAAUAAUAAUAAUAGUAAUAAUAAUAAUAAUAAUACUUCAUGUUUAACUGUUAAUCAUUUAUCUGAAUUAAACCAUAACAAUACAUAUGAUAAUAUAUCUAUUGAAAGUUUAAACAAUUCAAUUCAUAUAUCAGAUGAUACUAAACACUUAUCACCUUCAACUAAUCAAAUAUCUUCAAUAGAUCGAACAUUAUCAAUCCAAUCAUCAUCAUCAUCGUUGUCGUCAUCAUCAUCAUCAUUAUUAUUAUGUACACAUUUAUAUGAAUCAAAUUUAAUUCAGAAUAAUAAUGAUGAUGAUGAAACUUGUUUAAUGAAUAUACAACCAAUUUUCUCUAGUCAUAUUACAAUUCAUAACGUCCUAACAGAAAUUAAACAUUUUGCAUUGAAAUCCAAUCAACCAGUUAUUAUGUCAUUUAAUCAUAAUAAUAAUUUAAAAUCAAUAAAUGAUUGUGAUCAUCCACUUUCAACAUCAACAAUUUCUUCAAAUUAUUCAGUGAAUCAAAUUAAUAUCACGAAUCAACCGAUAAUCGAUAAUAAUAAUAAUAAUAAUAAUAAUAAUAAUAAUAAUAAUAAUAAUAAUAAUAAUAAUAAUAAUGUAGAAAGUUCCAACAUAUUCAUAGAUGACAGUUCAAUAAAUCCUUUAAAUAAAGACCAAUCUAUUGAAUCAUCACAUGAAAAGGAAGUCGUUGUAGAUGAUGAUAAUGAUGAUGAUGAUGAUCAUCAUCAUCAUCAUCAUCAUCAUAACAUUUCUCCUACUUCAACUGAAAAUAUAUCUCAUACUAAUAAUGAUAUUGAUAUAGAUGAUGUUAAUAAUAAUAAUAAUUGUAUUGUGAAUAAUAAUGUACAAGAUGAGAAUAUUUCAUUCAUGACAACUAAUCAUGAUAAUAAUUCAUUGUUAGAUACUUCUAUAGAUUUACCCAAUAAUCUAACUACUACUACUACUGAACAAAAAGUUAACGAUAGUAGUAUUGGUGCUAGUUGUGAAUUUUCUACAACCGUCAUUUCAAUUCCAGAUAAUAAUAAAGAAUAUAAAUCAUUUACAAAAUUCGCUGUUGAAACAUUAGUUUCAGAUGAUUAUUCAACUAUAAAUUCCAUUUGUACUACGUAUAAUUCAUCUCCUGAAAAAGAUUCAUCAUUAUCCCCAAAUAAUAAUAAUAAUAAUAAUAAUAAUAAUAAUAAUAAUAAUAAUAAUAAUAAUAAUUUAUUAAAACAUAAUGAAUUAUCUACUGAAUUAAAUAAUGAUAUUAACAUGAUGGAUAAUUCAACCGUCAACAAUCAACAAUGUGAUGAAUCUAUUUGUCAGGAUAAUACACUUUUAAACUCUUCAUCAUCAUCAUCAUCAUUAUCUGUGAAAGAUGAAAUCAAUCAAUUUGUUGUUGAGAAUGAGACGACCACUACAGAAAUUAUCUCUCCUAUAUCAUUAGUAACAAAUUCAAAAUCUAUAUCUAAUGAUAAUGAUUCUCCUCCAAUAAGUAUUGGAACACCUGUAUUAGAUGAAAAAUUAGAUUCCAUAGAACCCAUAUCCACUGAUAUUAUACCUGAAUGUUUUCAAUCAAUUAAAACUGGUUAUAAUGUUACAGAUUUACAAACUCCGAUUGUUCAAAAUUGUCAAUUAAAAACAAAAGUAGAUACUGAUAUAUCUAAAUCACGUCAACCAACUACUACUACUACUAAUAUCACUACUACAGCUCAUAAUAGUAGUAUUUUAGCAUCUAAAAAAUUUAAAGAAUCAUCUCGUGAUUAUGGUGGUCAUUAUGAAAACCGUCAUCAUUCACAUGGACAUCAUAACUCGUAUCAAUCAAGAAAUUCCAGUAAAUUUGAUCAUUAUAGAUCAUCGUCAUCAUCAACAUCAAAACAACAUCCAUGCUUUAGUAGUCAUCAUUCUCAUCAUUAUUCUCGUUAUGAUCGUAAACACCAUACACAUCCACCUCAUUAUCAUCAUCAACAACAACAAUCACAUCGUCAUGAUGAAUACAAUCCUCGUUAUCGUGAUUCGUCUUCUUCACAUAGAUCAAGAGAUCGUGAUGACAGUUCUCCAUAUUCAUCAAGGCAUAAUCAUGGCGAAAGAUCAGUAUCGAAUUCAUCACAUCGACAUCAAGAUCGCAUUUAUACCUCUGGAAAUAAUCGUGAUCCUUCUGAAGCUUCAAAUUGUUAA